AUGUGGCUUUCGACUGUGAGAAUUUUUCCACUAGCAAGCCAGGAAGCUUUUGGAGCAUUAGAAGCCUACCAUGUUAAACUGAAAGCCAAACUUUUUUAUGAUUCACAUCUGCGAGCGCUGGAAAGAGUAGAAGGUUCCUAUAACAUCUUCCCCCCUACACCAAAAGUGAUUCCUCCUCCUCAAGAAACUUUAUCUGAACAACUGACUCUUAUUACUUAUGAGAAGACCUUUGAGGUUUUAAGUGUAUCUAGAGUGACAAAGACUCUGGUUUCUGAAGAAGUCACUUUGAAGACCUUGGAAGAGCUUAAGGUUGAUAAUGAUAUGGUCAGAGAAAGGUUGGACAAGCAGGAUGAGAUAUUCGAGGCUCAAGCUGGAACAAAUAACAAGAUCGAAGGGAUGCUUCAAGCUAUCUUAUCGAGACGGUCACCCCCUUCUUAA